GAGGUUUGAUUUCGCGGAUGAUUUUGUUUUUUUAAUAAUAGAAAAUUUAAUUAAAAAGAAAAAAGAAAGAAAACUAAAAGGAACUGAAAAUGCUCGUUUUGUUAUCUUUGUUUAAUGUUACAGCUAAUUAUUUUCCUUAUUUUAUGAUGAAAUAUUAUAAUUGACAGAAUUACCAGGUUUUAUUAGUUUCCUCAAUUAUCAACAGCUGCAGUGAAGAUCCUCCAACUCCUUAACAGCAAAAGAAAUCCCAACACAUUAAUGCCUUAAUUGCAGGCUUUUAACCUUUUUCUUUCCCUUCUAUCAAACCACAACUCAAAGCUCUCACUUUUUUUAUCCCUCUCUCACUCUCUCUCUCUCUCAAGCUCACAACUUUGGUUUUCUUUUCUGAGCAGUUCACCGGCGUCGACCUCGCCGGGAUCUGGUCGGGAAGUUUCACCGGAAAAAGAGAAUGAACCUCAAUUGAGGCUUUUCCCUUUUCAGCAUUCUGUUUAUAAGCUAAAGGAACUUGGUUCUUUUUUUUUUUUUUGGAUCAUUUUGAAAAGAAGGCUUUUCUGGGGAGUAGUUAGUGGAGAUUUAGUUGAAACCGAAUCAUAAGAAUUCUGGGUUUUGCAUAUUUGGAUAAUGUAUGUUGAGAGUUUACGGGGUUUUGGCCAAAAAAAAGUAAGUUUUUUAAAUCUGGGUUUGUCUUUUUUAAGCUUUAGUUUUGCUUUUGGUAAGCUUGGUGGAGCUGUUGUUUCUGGCUAAGGUUUUUGUUAUUAUCUUAAUUCAAAAGUUUGGUUACAAAGUUUUUUAAAUCUGGGUUUGUCUUUUUUAAGCUUUAGUUUUGCUUUUGGUAAGCUUGGUGGAGCUGUUGUUUCUGGCUAAGGUUUUUGUUAUUAUCUUAAUUCAAAAGUUUGGUUACAAGGGAAGUUUAGAGGUUCAAGGAGUUGGUGGUUAAGUUUAUUAAAAUUUUCAGAAAUCACCAUAUCUUGGGAAAAGAAAACCCAAAAUUUCAGAGGUUUUUUUUUUUUUUUGGCAUUAUAAUUGAUUAAAAAAGGCUGAAGAUUUGGAUCAAGCGGGGGUGAAGUUUGAGGUGAAAAGGGGUAAUUUACAAUGUGCAGAGUAGAGGAGACAAGUGGAAAGUGUGAUUACAGGAAACAGUGGGAAAUGAAAAUUAAGAUGUUUGGGGAAGGGAAAGUGGAGAAGUUAAAGAAUUCAAUGGUUUCAAGGUCUAGAAUGAAGCUAUGGAUGAUAAGGGCAUUAACCACAAUUUUGAUAUGGACAUGCUUUGCUCAUUUGAUGACAUUAGGCGAAAUUUUUGGUCCCAAGUUGCUCAAAGGCUGGCCUUCUUGUUUCACUCAUUCUACUUCUGAGUUGCCUUUGGUUGCUCCUGAAUUGUCUUCUAUACCACCAAAACUCAUUCUUCCACCAAAAAGGUUAUAUAAGAAUAAUGGUUAUCUUAUGGUUUCCUGCAAUGGAGGACUCAACCAAAUGCGAGCUGCAAUUUGCGACAUGGUUGCCAUUGCCAGAUAUCUAAAUGUCACACUUAUUGUUCCUGAACUAGAUAAAACCUCUUUCUGGAAUGACCCUAGUGAGUUUAAGGACAUUUUCGAUGUUGAUCACUUCAUUACUUCCUUGAGAGAUGAGGUUCGGAUAUUGAAGGAACUACCACCCCGAGUUCAGCAUCGAGUUGACCAAGGAAUGUUCCUCUCUAUGCAACCGAUUAGUUGGUCCGAUAUUUCUUAUUAUGCUCAUCAGAUUCUUCCUCUUGUGCAAAAGCACAAAGUUGUACAGUUGAAUAAAACCGAUGCUCGGCUUGCAAAUAAUAACCUACCCCCCGAGAUUCAGAAGUUGCGCUGCCGUGUAAAUUUCAAUGCACUUAAAUUUACUUCUCAAAUCGAGGAAUUGGGUAGAAGGGUUGUCAAGAUUUUGAGGGAGAAAGGCCCUUUUCUCGUGCUUCAUCUCCGAUAUGAAAUGGACAUGUUGGCUUUUUCCGGCUGCACUCAUGGUUGCAACAGCGAUGAAGAGGAAGAACUUACAAGGAUGAGGUAUGCUUAUCCCUGGUGGAAGGAAAAAGUAAUAAAUUCAGAAAUGAAAAGGAAAGAAGGUUUGUGCCCUUUGACACCCGAAGAAACUGCUCUAGUAUUAAGAGCGCUCGGUAUUGACCGCAAUGUUCAAAUUUACAUUGCCGCUGGAGAAAUAUAUGGUGGCGAGAGACGGAUGGCUCCGUUGGCAGAAGCAUUUCCUAAUUUGGUCAGAAAGGAGACUCUGCUAGUUCGAUCGGACUUGAAAUUCUUUCAAAACCAUUCAUCCCAAAUGGCAGCGUUGGAUUAUCUAGUUUCCUUAGAAAGUGAUAUAUUCGUUCCUACAUAUGACGGAAACAUGGCCAAGGUUGUCGAAGGCCAUCGGAGAUUCUUGGGGUUCAAGAAAACAAUCUUAUUAGACCGAAAACUUCUGGUUAAGUUAAUAGAUGAAUACCAGAGCGGGUCGUUAAGCUGGGACGAGUUCUCAGAAACCGUGAAGGAAGUACAUUCGGAUAGAAUGGGAAACCCGAAGAAACGGGUGGUCAUUCCGGAUAGACCAAAAGAAGAAGAUUAUUUUUAUUCUAAUCCACAUGAAUGUGUACAACUGUUGGAUGAACCUUUGAGUUGAUCUUCAAUUCCACUCUGUACUUAAAAUACAUAUUUUAUUAUUAGUCAUAAUUCCAAAAUAA